AUGCAUUUCCUAGAAUAUAAAGAGAGCCGUCAUCAUAUCUCACCAAUACUGUUCCAUAAUCUGAAACUCAAAUCCAUCCUCAUCAUCAUGUACCUCCCCACCACCAUCGCAGCGCUCCUAGCCGCCAGUGCACACGCCUCCAUUCUCGGCGUCAAUACUUUCUCCUCCACAAGCUGCCAAGCUUUCCAAGAGAACAUUCACAUCACGCAACCCAGCCACAACCGCGGUAACUUCCCAGGCGGUCGCCGCAGCUUCCAGAUCGUAGAAACAGAUGCAGAUUGCAGUCUGAUUGUCUUUGAGGGCCGCGAUAACACGGGUGGAAAGCUGAACUUCGGGAACCAGAAAAACAAGGGAACCUGCUGGGGUGCGACGGACGGGAGGGUGUACCAGAGUUUCGACGUCUAUUGUGCAUGA